AUGGCCGGGCCAGGGCUGUUGGUGUCGUUGACAUUCGAUGCUGCAUCGAAACGACCGCCGAUGCAGUUUGAGCUGGCACCUGGCGUGAAGGAGUCAAUUUCCAUCGGGCGUGCACCCAAGUCUGAUGUGGUGUGCACUUUGUCGGGGAUCUCUUGGAAUCACCUGGAGAUGAAGCUUCCAAAUCCGAUACCAAGUGGUCCAUUCCACGUUGUCGUACGUGAUCUGUCCAUGAACGGAAGUGGUGUUCGACUACCCGGAGAGGAACAGUCACUGAAGCUCACUAAGGACACAGAUAUGGAUGUGGCAAGCGGUGCCACAGUCUCGUUUCCGAUGAGAAAGCCGAAGGCAAAGGGCGAGGAACGAGAAGUCAUUCAGCAGUCCUUCGCCAUGACAAUUGAAUCUUUGGCAGAUGGGAAAAGGCUCCCAAAGCAAAACCUCGCAGAGGGACAGAAACGCCCCUUGCAACAAGUCGACGAGGCCUCUGCUAAACGUCGUGCAACCGGCCAAGGCCAACUGCCCGAAAGCUGCACGCAGCGGUUGGCCAAGGGUGAGGCCCUGGUGAAAUCAGCCCGGCAGGCUGAGAGCCGGGGUCGCCUUGUGGACGCCUUCCAUGCAUAUAGCCGAGGUAUUCAGCAUAUCAUUCGUGUUCUCCCCUCCUUGGAGAAGGAUAGUCCUCUGCUUCUGCCGGCCAAGAACAUGGUUAAAGACAACUUGGAACGUGCCGCGAUGGUCAAACAAAGGCAAAGCCGGCUGAAGCUCGCAGAGGUCGAGCUGCCGUAG